AUGCGGUCACUCAACACCAACUCGACAUCGGCAUCGCAUUCGAGAGAUCCAUCGCCGGCACGUUCGUCCGAUCUACUGCGCACGCGUCGAUCCUUCCUUCCCAGCAAACAGACACCCACAGCCACCCGAAAGCCUUCAACGACCACCGCCCUGAGACCGCGCAUCACCCCCCGAACCAGCACCGCCAGCCUGCCCACCAGCCUGUCCACCACCACCUCCUCCUCCUCCGCACCCAAAACAACAACAACAACACCACCAACCCCGAGGCGGCAGCAAUCGACUGCCCGACAACCGACACUCUCGUCCACCCUGCGCCAGCCGCUCCGGAAGCUGUCCCACAAUGCACUGAACACGACGCCUGUCGUCCGCCCCUCCAUCGCUCCCAAGCUAAAGUCUUUGAGCGACAUGCCGCCACCCCACGAUCAAAAGGGAGCCCACGCAGCCCCCCGCCAGCCCGUCCUCAGCGCCUCGGCCGCCAAGGCCAUGGGCAGAGCACCAUUGACCCCCAAGAUUGCCAGCAAGGCACAACAGCAUCACCAGCAGCCGCCCGUCGUCACACCUCUCGCCCGCCGAAAAACAGACCUCGGCCAUGGGUCCGCCGCCUCAGGGGCAAGUGGGGGCCCUGGUGGUGGUGGUGGUGUCAAGGACGACAUCACGAGCCCCGUGUCGGCAUUCCUGAGCCACAACAUCACGCCACGGUCGGGAAGCAGGCAGACCCGCGUCGACAGCGCCAGCAGCACGCCGACCGGUACGCCGAAUCCAGAACGAAACAGCGAUUGGGAUACUCGGUCGGCCUUUGCGUCGGCCUUUGACGGCGACAUGAGCAGGAAACACGUCGUGACAUUCAGCCCGCCAUCUGAUGUUGGCAGCCGGAAUGAUCCCUCCGACUCCAAGUUCUUCUAUGCCAGCGAUGCAAAGCCUGCUUCUUCUCAACCCUCUCUCCUCAAGACGCAGCAGCAACAACAGCAACAACAGCAGCAGCAGCAACAACCCAUCAAGGCGCCGACUUUUAUUUAUGCAAAUGGCAGCGCCAUCGAGAGGAAUCGGCCCACGUCGCCCAGCGUCGUCCCAGGCUUCACACCAGUGCUGGCACCGAUGCAGGAGGCACAGGCAAGCAAGUUCUUCUACGCCAACGGCGCUCCAGAUUUCCAACCUGCCUAUCGACCCGCUUCCGCCGCCGGCUCAACCGUAUCAUCGAGCUCCAAAAUGAACGCCCCCAGAGCAGCACCGACAAUCGCUACCGGUGGCUUUGCUGCUACGAGCCGGCCCACGUCACCCAAUAAACAAACCCAACCGAUACCACCGCCACUGGCCAGGACGGCCACUUUAUCGCCACAACCAGCGAGUCGGCCGCAGAUGGCCAGCCCGCCGACGCUCGCCGCACAGCCAGCUGCGAAACGAAGGGUCAGCAUCGAAGUCCCGCCGCAGCAUGGCUCUCAUUCUAGAAACGGCAGCGUCAGCUCGGGCGACGCCAUCAUCAUGUCGAGGUUCAUGGCCUCGCACCCCUCUUCCGAGCUCUCGUCCCCGACCUCUGCGCCCAACAAUCCCGCCGUGACUAUGGCAUCUAUUAUACAAGCUGCCGAGGACCUCACCGAGUCGGAUGAUUCCAAAGGUCAUAGUGAGCUCCAGAGCCCAACAAAGUCGACACACUCAGGUGACCCUCUCAACGAUCUCGUCGCCCAUGCCCGCCGGGAACGAAAGGUGCAAGACCUGGAGAUCACCAACGCAUCUCUCGAGGCCAUCAACAGAUCAUUAGAGCGUCAACUUCGUAAACAGACUGCCGAGCUAAGACGGUACCGCAGACUGUCGCGCUCUGGCCGCCUGUCCCUGACAUCUAUGGCUUCUAGCCGCGUUCCGUCCGACUCGACGGUGGGUACGGCGGUCGGGAUGGAAGGUGCUCUCGAGCUAUCCGACCUCAGCGAGGAUGAAGGCGAGGACGAAGAAGAGGAGGAUGACGACCUCGGGUCGUUGUAUGACACGGACCCCUCCGACAGCGAAUCCAUCUCCAGCCCAGGCCUCAAAGCCGCUGACCGCCGCCGCAAGCGAGAUGAGCGGCGCCUCCAGCUCGACCUAACCAAGCAUCGUGAGCUCCUCGUUGACAGCCAAAAGAUCAACCAGAGCAUCAAACGCUGCCUUAACUGGACCGAGGAACUCAUCAAGGACGGCAAGAAGGCACUCGAGUACAAGGUGCGCGUGAGUGACGUGGAGCUGGCGCCAAGGGUCCUGGCGCCGCAGUACGAAGACGACCCAGAUGUGCUAAAGUCUGGGGACGUUGGGGACGACGACGGCGACAUUACUCUGUCAGACUCCAUCUUGGAUGAUGUGCCACCUCUUAAGGGAGCAAACCUCGCGCCGCCAUGGAGUGGCGAUCCACAAAUCAGAGAUAGCGGCAUCGAGCUACCUACUGACGAAGGAUAG